CUACACAUGGGACGCAACACGCUUGCGCGCGGCAAGAAGCGACGCGGUAGCCAAUCAAAGUUCGCCAACUGUCGCCGCGCGGUAACCGUUACCGUGUUCAGUUGCGCAUUCCGUGUGCACGUGCAGCCCAUUUUACUUCGAAAGUUCUAAUUACGUCUUUAUAUUAAACAAUUUGGUGUGUAUCGCCGAUUGCGAGCGACUUGGAGCUCGAUUUGAAGCGAAUGCAGCGAAUAAUUCCGCCAUUACAAGAGUUCCCGGUCGUAUUGUUUUAUUAUUAAUAGAAACUCGGCGACGAUUCGCUCGUUUCAUUGUGUCGAUCACGGCGGUGAAACCAGAGGUCGACGAAGACGAACGACAACGACGAGGACAAUCCGUCCUAAAGCAUCAGUCGAAACAGCGAGGUCUCGUAUGAGCACGUGAGGAACCGUUAACAACGGCUACGCUCUCCGGCGGAGAACCUCGAUCGAUUUAGCUUUGCACCAUAUGAUGGCCAAAUCUAGCGACUUGGAUUGGCAAAUCGAGCAGCUAAAGAAGUGUAAAAUUAUCAAGGAGGCUGAGGUUAAGGUACGAGGUGCGCAGGUCAACUUGUGUGCAAAAGCGAGUGAAAUCCUGAUCGAGGAAAGCAAGGUCCGUUAUCCUGACAGAAUCACGUUGGUGAGAGGAAAUCACGAAUCACGAGAGAUAACGCAAGUUUGUGGCUUUUAUGACGAGUGCUUAUGUAAAUACGGCAGUAUAACAGUACGGCAGUAUUGCACAGAGAUAUUUGACUAUUUAUCGUUACCUGCCAUUAAUGACAGCAAGAUUUUUUGUGUUCACGUUGGAUUAUUGCGCAGUAUUCAGACAAUAGAUCAAAUCCGGACUAUACUGACAGAAAAUAACAAAAUGUCGGUUCCAACUGUCUCAAGCUGUACUGGAAAAAGGGCAUCGGAGAUUAUAUUUCUAGGAUCUCUACCUAAAAAAUACUGGACCUAAGUCACAGCGGUGCAGCGUCUCACCCGUAUACCACAUUAUUAUUAUUCAAAGUUUCAUUUUGCCAUAACUAUUAUUCAUUUUACCAUAACUAUUAUUAUUCAAAGUUUCAUUUUGCUUCGUUUAUACUUGUACUUGAUAAGUCGAUUUUGGUAACGAGCGUAUUAAUGUAUUCACUGCAAAUUUGUGCAAGUGGGGUAUUCUGUUGUAAAAGAAUUUCGCGACUUUAUGAUGAACAUGUAAUAAUUCUUUUUCGUUAUUACUUUAGUAACCUUCCAUAAUUUUAACAAAGAGGCACUAAAUUAUAAUGUCAAUAUCUCAGAUUACGUUUGUAUGUUAUUUUUAUGCGAGGAGUGUGUCUGCGUGCAUUUGCCAAUUAAUGAGGUGACAUAGUAGUAUCGGUA